CUUUCGAGCGAGCCAAUUGCGAAGGCUGAUGUUUUCUUUGAAACCGAAGGUGCCGUUACCAAUCGGGGAGCAAAGGGCUUCCUAGCGUGAGCUUCGUAAAAUGCGUCCAAGUCACUUUAAUCCCUAAAUAACCAGAAUUAUUGGACACUGCAGAAACUGUGAUCGUAGACCGAUUGCUCCUAAGUACACGGGGCCGAGGAGAGAAGCCGAAUGCUGCUCUGGGAUAAAAACAGCAAUAUGAUUGAUUGAUCGAUUGGUUGGCUGGUCGAUUGGUUGAUUGAUUGAUUGACAGGAGCGCGUGUGAAAUCGACACAUCGGCGGCUGAAGGAUGGAAAGUGACAAGUCGCUGCCCGCAGAGCGGUGUCUCGACAUCUACAUCAUCUCCCAGAGCCCCCACAGGUACCUCUGCUACACCAGCCCUGGCUCACACACCUUCGACCUGUGUGUUACAAAUGUCGUGGACGUGUGGAGCACAGGUUUCACUCAAGAAAAGCUGGAGGAGCACAAAUCUGCCCACGGAAUAAAAACCACUGAGGAAUACUACAGCAGGACAAGAGACGCCUUCCAGGAGGGUUCUGUCCAACUCACAGUGCUGGACAACACAGUGACACUGACUCUGAGCAAAGCUCCCUUGGAGCUCAGAUUCCACCUCCACCAGCUUCCCAUUUCCGAGGCCAAAGCAAAGAUCCAGGCUGCUGUGUUCCACCUGGCGGAGAAAGUAUGUGAUCUGGAAAAGCGAUUGAAAGUUUCGGAGGAAAUCCGUGCCUCAACCCCAACAAAGAAGACCGAGAGGGGACACAGAUUACUUCUGCCAGAGGUGAUCUCCAAGAGAAUUGGGUCUUCACCAACAGCCAAGAGGAUACUCCCAGGAGAGUCCCUGAUAAACCCAGGCAGAAAGAGAACAAAGGCUCCAACAGGUGUAAGUUUUGAAGAAAACUCCCCUUGAUCCAAGACAUCGAAUGAAGGUUAUAGCUUGAAAUGGGAUUUGCUGAAGAUGUUUAUAAUGAAAUGGUCUAUAGUUUAUUUUUAUACAACUUAUAAAACGGAUGAGUGCGAAACACGGUUAAAGAUUUGUUAACCGCGUGCCUACACCCUGUCAUUAGUUGGGUAAAUAAAGGAAGACUAUGGAAAAUGACCAACAC